AUGUCAUCCUCCACGUCUACCGACCCCUCUCCUCCCCAACAAGAACAGAAACUCACCCAAUCCUUCCCACCCGCCCAACUCCACGACCUCCUCACCCAAAUCUCCGACCUCCUCAAAUCCCGCAACGAAUCCGUCUCCAUCGCCGAAACCGCCUGCGGAGGCCUCAUCAGUUCCUCUCUCCUCUCUACUCCCGGCGCGUCAAAAUUCUACAAAGGCGGUUUGACGCUCUACACGCUUCCCUCGCGCAUCAGUUACGCUGGGUGGACGCAAGAAACGAUUGCGAAUUACAAAGGUCCCACGACGGAUAUCGUGUCUGGUCUGGCAAAACAUGUGCGUGGGGAGUUGGAGAGUACGUAUACGCUCUCGGAGAGUGGAACUGCAGGGCCAACGGGGGGCAAUACGCCCAAUCGGACGCCCGGGUAUGUGGCGUUGGCGGUGGCUUGUGAGAGGGGGGUGUUUACGCGCGAGGUGGAAACCGGGUUGGGCGGGGAUCGGGUGGGGAAUAUGGUGAAAUUUGCGGAGGAGGGGUUGAGGUUGCUGUUGGAGGUGGUGAUUGGGGAGGGAAGGGGGAAUCAUGGACCUGGGUUCGUCAGUAAGGCGUGA